AUGUCAAACAUUGUUCGUGAAGGCUCUAGUUUCUACCCAUUCAAGAUUGAUGACGAGCACCAAUUUGUUGUUGAUACGGUGAUAUUUGCUGGCCACUUGGUGAUUGUCCGACGCUUUUUAGUGGAGAUCUUCUCUUUGCCGAAGUUGAAGCUUUGUAGAUCAUACAAGUUCCACCAUCCAAUUGAAGGAUGUCACAUAGCAAUAAAGGUGGCACUAUACAUCAAAUUUAGUAUUAAAGACAUAAUUAUUCUCCAAGAUCUCAACAUCUACAACACGCAUUGCUCAGUUGAAGACAUCUGCGUGAAAUCAAAACUGCGUUCAGGGUUGAACGAUUCAUUGGAUGCUAGCGUGUACGAUGGCAAUAUAUUUGUGAAGACAUUCACUCUGUCCAAAGAUAUGGAUUGGAGGGCUAACUGCCAAUUAUUUCCAGAACAGCAUUACUGCUUCUUGGAUACAUGCAUUAUCGGCCAUUAUAUGGGCUACCUGGAUCAAAUUUUGACCAAUCGCUUUCGAAUUGUCAAGUUUGGAGAUAACCACCAGGUAAUUUCCAAUAUUUCUAUUAACAUAACUGACCCUCUAGUGUCGUCAUUUAUUUGGUUAGAGAAACAAACUUAUGCUCUAGCAGGAUCCUGCAUAUGGCUUGUUGAUGGCAAACUCGAGAACAUCACAAAAAUCGUUAUUCCCUCUAAAGGACGAAUUCUAAGUAUGGCUAAAAUAGUUAAGAACUUUCGAAAGCUAAACAACCUGAUUGUGGUCUCUACAUCUGAUAAUAAGAUCCAUAUGCUUUCCGAGAUGAGAGAUCCUAAAAUAUUUGAAACGAAAGUACUAUUCACUAAAAUGUUUCCAUUAAAAAAGGAUGAAACACGAUUUUCGUUUAUUGGAUUCAGUCCUUUAAUGUCAUUUGUCGUCUCAAUCAAAGAGAACUCAUCACCUUUGCAGAUACCAUUAGAGAAUACCCAAAACUCAACGAGAGUAGCUCAAUCUUCAUCGGACUCCAAACUUAAAGUUCACUUCCAGUCUAGGAAGUUGGUAACAUCUUUCAACAUUGAACCGGAUAGGAGAAAUGAUGUCUUACACCUUGCGAUGCCUUCCGAGAAUAUCUUUUUAGCAGAAUCGCAGUUGAAAAGCUACGUUGGCCUUACCUCCAGAUGCAAACUUUUAUUGUUUAGUAUGGCUUCCAAUCAGCCCAUCAUAGAGCAUUUUCUCCAAGAUUUGACAGUGGCUACUCUUAUCCGUAUUCCACAUUGUUGCAAAAAUAAUUACGCAUUGAACGUGGGAAUUAUCACUGUACAGCAGAGGAGACUCUCAAGCACUGCCAUAGCCAACCUUUUCGUGGUAGGUAGGGGUCCAACACUUGCAUUAUGCGACUCAGUUACGCUUGACGAUAAAUGCCUCCGAGUUUCGGACAAUGAAAAUUGCAUCAUCUCUGGCGACACAACGAAAUUUAGCCUGAGUGUGACGCACGAAGUCAAACUAAAUGUGAAGAGCGAAACAUAUGAAGGUUCCAUCAAUGGAAAGUUUCAUAUUGUUGAAAGCCGUAGUGAUGGCAAUGUCGUCGUGGAGGUAUCCGGGGAGAGAUAUACAUUUCUAGUGCAAACAACAGAGAAAGAAGUGGUGACAAACACCACAAGAUAUGUAAGUGAUGACCAUAAAUCGCAAACAAAUUGCUGGACUUGGAUGUUGGUCACCAACUUCGGAAGACGUUUUUUCUAUAGAACCUCAAUGUAA